AUGGGGAACGGCGACUCGGCUGUGGAGGACUGUGACUCAACUGAAGAUGAUGAAGACUUGACUGUAGAAGACCAUGACUUGGCUAUUGAAGACAAUGAUUCCACUGAAGAUGAUGACUUGGCUGUGGAAUAUGACGACUUGGCUGUAGAAGACGAUGACGUGGCUGAAGAAAACGAUGACUCAGCUGUAGAUGAUGAUGACGUGGCUGAAGAUGAUGACAAGGAUGUAGAAGAUGACGACUUGGCUGAAGAUGAUGAUGAUUUGGGAGUGGCCGAAGAUGUGGCUGAAGAUGAUGAUGACUUGAUUGAAGAAGAUGAUGACUUGGCUGAAGAUGACGAUGAUUUUACAGUAGUGGAUGAAGGCUUGACUGUAGUGGAUGACUUGACUGUAGUGGAUGACUUGACUUGGAUGAAGGCUUAG